GCGGCACAGCGUCUUCCGGACCCUGUCAGUAAAAAGGUUUCCGGGUCAGAGUCACAUCACUCAUCGCCAAGUACUUUAUUCUGAACUUCGCCGAACGACAAUCUUUGAGAAUAAUGACCAACGAUUUGUCCUCAACCGGUGACACCGAGCUGGACCAGUGUGUAGCUCAGUGGCUUCAGUAUGACAAGAACCCCAAAACAGCAUCUUUGGUGCAGGACCUGGUGAAGGAGGGAGCAGUGGAGGAGCUGAAGAAAUGUUUCUCCUCCAGGAUGGAGUUUGGUACAGCAGGUCUGAGAGCAGCCAUGGGCCCUGGCAUCUCUCGUAUGAAUGACCUCACCAUCAUCCAGACCACCCAGGGUUUCUGUCGCUACCUCGAGGAGAGUUUCAAGAACCUGAAGGAGCGCGGUGUGGUGAUUGGUUAUGACGCUCGGGCUCACCCUCCCAGCGGUGGCAGCAGCAAACGCUUUGCCAGUCUGGCUGCAGCUGUUUUCAUCAGUCGAGGGGUUCCUGUGCACCUCUUCUCUGGCAUCACCCCAACGCCAUUUGUGCCUUUUACUGUUUCCUACCUGGGUCUGUGUGCAGGUAUCAUGGUGACUGCCUCUCACAACCCUAAACAGGACAAUGGCUACAAGGUUUACUGGGAGAACGGUGCCCAGAUUGUGUCUCCCCAUGACAAAGGAAUCGCUAAGACCAUAGAGGAGAAUCUGGAGCCUUGGCCUGAGUCCUGGAAUGCAGAGGAGGCAUUGAAGAGCCCUUUGCUUAAAGACCCAUACCAGGAUAUUCACAUGCAGUACUUCAAAGCCAUCCAGAACCACUGUCACCACAGGGACAUAAACAAGAGUUCAGAGGUGAAAAUUGUGCAUACAUCUGUGCACGGUGUUGGUCAUGAGUUCGUCCAGUCAGCUUUCAAAGCCUUUGACCUUCGGCCACCAUUUGCUGUGGAGGAGCAGAAAGAUCCAGAUCCUGAAUUUCCCACCGUUAAAUAUCCCAAUCCUGAGGAGGGAGAGGGGGUGCUGACAUUGUCAUUUGCACUGGCAGAGAAGGAGGGGGCCACUGUGGUUUUGGCAAAUGAUCCUGAUGCUGAUCGUCUGGCCAUUGCUGAAAAGCAAGAGAGCGGACAGUGGCGAGUGUUCAGCGGUAAUGAGCUGGGAGCGUUGCUUGGUUGGUGGAUGUUCCACUGCUGGAAACAGCAAAACUCUGACGCAGACGCAGUUAAAGACCUCUACAUGCUAGCAAGCACCGUCUCGUCAAAGAUACUGCGUGCCAUCGCUCUCAAGGAAGGCUUCCACUUUGAGGAAACAUUAACAGGUUUCAAGUGGAUGGGAAACAGAGCCAGAGACCUUUUGGACCAGGGCAAGAGUGUUCUCUUUGCUUUUGAAGAGGCCAUAGGGUAUAUGUGUAGUCCCUCUGUAUUGGACAAGGAUGGAGUGAGUGCUGCAGCCAUAGCAGGAGAGAUGAUUUCCUAUCUGGCCACUAAAAACACCAGCCUCUCUCAAAAGCUCACUUCAGUCUUUGAACAGUAUGGCUACCACAUUAGUAAGAACUCCUACUUCAUCUGCCAUGAUCAGAAAGUGAUUUGCACCUUGUUCGAGCGCCUGCGCAGCUACGGUGGCCAGAAGGACUCGUAUCCCACUGAAUGUGGCCGCUUCUCCAUUUCUGCUAUAAGAGACCUGACCACCGGCUACGACAGCAACCAACCUGAUAAGAAAGCUGUCCUUCCCACCUCCAGUUCCAGUCAGAUGAUCACCUUUACCUUCUCUAAUGGGGGCGUGGCCACCAUGAGGACCAGUGGCACUGAGCCAAAAAUUAAAUACUACACUGAGCUCUGUGCUGCUCCUGGUAACAGCGAUGUGACACAUCUGAAGAAGGAACUGGACGACCUGGUUGACGCCAUUGUUGAACACUUCUUCGAGCCGCAGAAAAAUAAUUUGCAGCCUAAGCCUCAGUAGCAUUCACAGGACAUGUAGUCGAAAUCAGGACUAGUUUGAACUAAACAUCCCUGACUUGCAUUUCACACAAUGUCUUAAUUUCUCCAGAUGGUAUUCUUGACUUAAUACAGGCUUUGUUUUGCUUUAUAACCACAUUGAUGACACUUUUACCGCACAACACUGUUUAUCUGCCAUUUCAACAUGCAACAGAAAUACUGAUACUGAUCUGCCAGGUUAAUGGCUGCCUGUGACUUAUUUGUUUAGCCAUACAUGUUAGUGAAGGGUCCAGAUUCAUUGUCAGUAAGCAUCACUAUUACCAUUCCUGAACCUGACUUCUAUUUAACAUGUGCCAUUCCACACUGUGCUUUAUGAAGAGUUCCUAUCGAAUGUAUAUGAGAUGUUGUAAACAGCUGUUGAACACUGAUAAUGUAAUAAAUAAUUUAAUACGA